CGAGUUCCCACUUCCUUUGAGCCAGCUCUGCCAAAUCUGCAACAGCGCUUGGAUGGUCGGGACUGGCCCAGUCUGGACGGCUGCAAGGCAAGCCGCAAAGAUGCAAGUUCUCGGCCUGGAAGGCCCUGCCUUCCGCGUCCGGCGAACUACCCCUACAGGACAAAAACCGAUUCGAGCAUUAUCCUUGGGGAGCGCGCUGCAGCCGCGGCCAUAGGGGUGGUUGAUGAAGCUCUCUGUGAUGGCUGGCACUUGUUUGGAGACAUGACGUGGUGCCGCCGUGCGCUGACAGGCGGCUUUGGAAACCAGCAGCCGGAUGGGAAGGUGAUCGGCUUGUCCUAUGGCAUCGAAGAGAGAGACUUGUGGAGCGAGCUGGUCAGCAACGUCUACAAGGUGUCUCCUCGGCUUUACGACUGCUUUCAAAAUCCGAAGGGCUCACCACCGCUUCAGGGCACAGCCCCAAACGGCACCGGUUCCUGCCAAGGGGUUGGCGGCCAUUGUUAUGAGAUGCCUUAUCAGGCUUAUCGGAUAUGUCUCGGUCCUGAGAAAAAGCAACAUUCAGGCCGCAAUUAUGAACCACUCGAACUGCACUUGAAAGAUCGGUAUCCCCUCUCCGUGCACCUGAAGAUCGAUGUGGAAGGCUCAGAGUGGGAGAUCUUGGAGUGGCUGCUGGCCAACCCGUCUGAGAUGGACAAAAUCCGAACUCUGGACAUGGAGGUGCACCUGGGCUGGAACGUCGAGUCCUCUCGUGGACUUCCCCGCGGCCGCCUCUCGCCGCAGGAUCGCAUAGCCAAGGACAUCGAAAGCCUGGAGCGGCUGGGCAAGUAUCUCCUCUGCACGGGAUCUUCCAUGGAGGUCCUGGCAGAAGAGUGGAUGACAUGGCCCCAUGGAAAUGCAGAGACUGUGCAGAACCGUUGGCUCACACUGCUGGCGGCUGCCACGGGCGUUGUGCAGGAGGAGAUCUGUGGAGGCUGGUACAUGUUUGGAGACAUGACCUGGUGCCUCAAAGCAGUGCAGACAAGAUGGGGUACAGAGCAGGGAGACGGCGGAGUCAUUGGCCUCUCCUACGGCAUCGAGCAGCGAGAUCUUUGGAGUGAGAAGAUGAGCAACUUGUACAAAGUGCCAACCCGCUUGUACGACUGCUUCCAGCGUCCAGAUGACUCCCCCACCCUAGGUGGCAAAGCUCCAAACGCCACAGGCAAGUGCGACGAGGAUGGCCUCCACUGCUAUGAGACACCAUAUCAAGUCUACGAGGUCUGCUCGGGGCCGGAGACUGCCACGAUCCAAGGACGGAAGUAUGAGUCUCUCCAAUCCCAUUUACAAGAUCGCAAAAGACUCUCCGUGCACCUCAAGAUUGACACCGAAGGUUCAGAAUGGGAGGUCUUGGCCUGGCUCUUAAGCUCACCGGAAGACAUGAACAAGAUCCGUACUUUAGACAUGGAAGUCCAUCUUGGUUGGGUUGCGGACUCUGCGAGAAGCAGCGCUCGGGCCUCCAUGUCUUCUUUUGACAGGUUGGACUACGACAUCCGCCUGCUAGAGGAUAUCGGCAAGGUCUUCCGGUGUACUGGAUCAUCUAUGGAAGUUCUAGCAGAAGGUUGGGGCAACGAUGGGAACGGAGCGAAGUGUGGCGGUUCCUGUGAUGAGCCUGCUGCAUAUGCUGCCGGUGGCUUCCCAGUCAUCCAGUUCGCAGUCAGCUUCUUGGCCAUCUGGAACGCGCUGUCGGGUGAGGUUGACUCCAUGAUAGCUCAAGGUGAGGAGGAAGUGCAAAGGCGGAAGAAGGAACUGGAGGCUCGUGGGAAGUUCGGACCCAAGAAGCUGGAGGUGCCGCAACUUCCCUUGGUGCGACUACGAGUGGAACAUUCGGGGUUCGACACCAUUUCUGGCUCCACCUUUGGAAACCAAUUUGUCGGCCGGGUUGCCAACCCUGAUGAGGUGUUGCUUUUCCACCGGCGAGCUGGUGGCGGUGUUGCGGGAAGCCGCAAGGUUCAAGGCCUAGGCGACGUCCUCGAAAUUGAAGAGAACGCGGUGCCUGGCGACGAUGGUGUCAAGAUUCAGGACAUCAUCUACAAGUACAUUGAGGGUGAGCAAAAUCUCCAGGUGCUCCCUGAACCAGACCUCAAUGAUGCCGUGCAGUCGUUCGUGCACAGAUCCGAGCCCUGCGCAAUCGAGCGGUUUGUAAAGGAGGCCGUGGAAUCCACAAAUCAGGCGAUUCUGAGGGAGAGUCGGGCAGUUGGGGAGGAGGAGAUCCGGGUGCAAAUCCAGGACGUCCGGAGCAAUGUGGUGUCAGCAGCUGCCGUUCCCUACAGUAGUUUCUACUUUUCUGUUCCAUUCCCCUGCAAGACGCUAAAGGAUCCCUUUAGAGCCCUGGUUUCAUUGCAUUUUCCAUGCUCUUCUCCAUUUGAUUCUGCAUUAUUUGGGAAAUAUACGUGUAUAUCCCCAUCCCCUAUAUUACUAUAUCCUCUCUACAUAACAACCCAAUAUUAUAAUUUGCGCUGGGCUUCACUAAGCAUAGGUAAGAGAACGUACAUUACUGUGUAA